AUGGCGCAUCUAGCCGUAUUCCUCCUGGCUUUUGCCAAUCUAUACAAUCCGAUAUUUGGGUGUGCCGGGCGGUAUCAGGGAUGUUUUCAAGGAGAAUCCGCUUUCGGCGAUGCUUCCGGAGUUCAAUUGUUGCCCUGCCAGGGUGUGAAUAAUUGGUGUGCCAUUAGCUAUUCCACAGCCACCCAGCGCACAAAAUACAUGUGCGGAAGUGAGUUGGCGCUUAAUCUUGGGCUUACGCCGAGUCAUUGUGGUAACAGUAUACUCGGGAUUAACAAUGGUGGUUGUCAAAUGUCUCAAAUCCCCGGAGUUGGAGACUGCUAUUUGUGCUGUUGUAGCGGUUAUCAGUGCAAUCAUCCGGGGUUGUUUAAUCGGGAUGCAUCCCGACAACUCGGCUACGAGAUGCCUUAUGACCCUUACAAUUCUGCUUUUAAAAAUCUUAAUAUUUUCAUCGUUUUUGGAUCAGUAAUUUGCACAAUUUUAUUG